UAAAACAUAUGAAAAAAAGUAACAUCAAAUUUUUAAUAGCCUACGGACCAGGUAAUAAUACUUAGAACAACAACUAAGAGAAUAAUGUGACUAUAUUCAUAUUAUUCUUCACAAAAACGAAUUAUCGCUGAGAAGUUUGUCCUCACAGAGUCGCCGUAGCAGAGCGCUGCUCUCAAGAAAAAAUGCCAAAUCUUGGGAAAAUAGCCAAGGUGGUGCUGCCCAUGGCAGUGCCUGGAGCCCUUGGCCUGAUGUCUGUCACUGUUUUUGCUGCAAGCGAGGCCAAAGAAAAUAACACCACCCUGAUGACGGAUGAGCUUUCACUCUAUGACACACCUGAGUCCCAGCUGAGGUACGAGGAGCCCGAGGUCGGUCAUGUUGAGCAGGGUGUAGCAUCUCUGAGGAAGACAGUGGAGCCUUAUGUUUCAUGGUGUCAGGAGAAGACACAGUUUGCCAUGGAGAAAGUACAGUCUUACUACAAGACAGUUGAGCCUGGUGUGAAUACCACUCAAAGUCUUGUAAAAGAUAUGUAUGCGUUUUUGAAUGACCCUCCAUCUGAGUUCUUCCCCAGUGUGGGUGUUAUAGGAUUCUCUGGAAUUCUUGGACUUUAUUUAGCAAGAGGCAGCAGAGUCAAGAGGCUGAUGUUCCCCACUGGGCUGAUGGCUCUGAGCACUUCCAUGUUCUACCCACAGCAUGCCGCCUCUGUUGCCAGGACCACAAAACACUACAUAUUUUCCUGGGGUUCAGAAGGGCGAGUUGUUCUGGAGGAGCUGCUGAGAGGGAAAUCAUCUUCCAAGGAAAAAGUUGAGAAGACACAGAAAACAGACAGCCAAAAAUCAAGUUGAGACAAAGCAUUAAGUUUUAUGAGGAGUUCCUGCUUUGCACCUGGAUUCUGUUCUCUUAUCAAUGCACUGAUCAGUUUGGUAUUUGCUAUAUAUUAUUC